CUUCAGGCGAGCCGGACUUGGGACUUCUGUUGAGCCCCUCCAGACACAACUGCGGUGUCGGCUUUACACACUCGCCCACCAUGCUCAUCUACUUCUGCCGCCACGGCCAGACCGAGUUCAACGCCCAGGGGAUCAUCCAGGGCAACAUCAACGUCCAUCUUAAUGAGCAGGGGCAGAUGGAGGCGGCGCUGCUCGCCGAGGCUCUCAAGUCGGUGCCAUUCACGGAGGCGCGAAGCUCGCACCUGACGCGUGCAUUCGAGACCGCCCAGGCUGUGGUUAGCCAGCACCCCGGCCUCGAGCUGGUCGCCGACCCAGGAUUGCGCGAGCGCCAGCUCGGCUCGCUGGAGGGAAAGCGCUGGACGCCCAAGGACGGCAUCCCCCCCGAUGCGGAGCAGAGCGGAGCCUUCCGCGCUCGCGUCAAAGAGUGGGCAGAGGGCUUCUUCGCCGACCACGUUCCCACCGGGCCCACCGACCCCUCCACGCCUGAGCCCAUAGUCCUCGCCGUCUCGCACGGCGCGUACAUCUCCGCUUUGCUCGGCGCGCUCCUCUCCCCUCCCUUUUCCUUCUCCGUCGCCCCAGGUGUGGACACCCACAAGCCGUGUCUUAACACGAGCCAGAUGAAGGUGCGCGCCACCUACGACGCGCAGAAGAAGAGGUGGAAGGGCGAGAUUCUGUCGUGGGCCAACGUCGACCACAUGGGUGGACGGGAGCAGCGUAUUGGUGUCAGCGAUGACAUUCGUGAAGAGUUCCGGAAGGCCAUGGGUAUGGGUGUGAACAUCGAGAAGGCCGGUGAAGGAGCGGAGGAGAAGGCGACGGAGGAGGAGGAGGCGCACCCCCGCUCGAAGGGAGUUCGAAUCAAGGCGUCGUAGAACUAGACAUAUGUAGAUGCAUUCGAAUGUUGAU